AUGGAGGCCAAUUUUGGUCCCCUGGGCGCCCUGCAAGCCAACCGAAUGAGUAGGGCCAAGACCCUGCGAGUGUUCGAGGAUGGAGAGAGGGAGACCUGUUUUCCCACACUACAGUAUCAAGCUACGGACGAUGGAGCUCCUAUGCUGGCACAGCUUGGCUGCCCCGAAGCUCGCCCAACAAGGCAUCACCUUGAAUCCCAGCCCAGGGCCAAUCGAUCGCAUCUCGACUCCCUACACCCGACUCUUGGCGCCGAGGCUCUGGCCUUCUCUCUGCCCGCCCAGCCCGCCUUCUUAGCCGUGCAAAUGGCAUGGGACUACAGCCAAGAGAGGCAUUAA